AUGGCGCCGAAGGAAGACACGGUGCGCGUGGCAGUGCGCAUCCGGCCGCUCAACAAGAUCGAGCUCAACGAGAAGAACGCGGCGAUCUUCGAGGAGGCGAGCGGCAACACGGUGCGCGAGCUCGACGAGAUCGAGGGCACGAAGCCGGACCGCUUCUACGACUUCGUCUACGGCGACGACAGCACGAACCGCCAGGUCUACGAGGACGUCGCCGCGCCCAUCGUCAAGCUCGCGGUCGAGGGCUUCAACGGCACGGUCUUCGCGUACGGCCAGACGAGCAGCGGCAAGACCUGGUCCAUGAUCGGCAACGACGAGAACCCGGGCAUCAUGCCCCAGUCCAUCCGCGGCCUCUUCGAGGACCUGGGCAACCGCGAGGGCAUCAAGGAGUUCUUGGUGCGGGUCUCGUACAUGGAAAUCUACAACGAGGAGAUCAAGGACCUGCUGGGCACGGCGCACCCGCCCGGGGGCCUGAAGAUCGCCGAGGACCCCAACCGGGGCUGCUUCGUGCGCGACCUCACGGAGGAGGUCGCCACGGACGCCGCGUGCAUCAAGUCGAUCUUGGCGCGCGGCGAGAAGGCGCGGUCCUACGGCUUCACGGAGAUGAACGCGAACUCGUCGCGGUCCCACGUCGUCUUCAAGAUGAUGAUCGAGACGAAGAUCGGCCACAGCCCCGUCUGCUCGUCCUGCAUGUACCUCGUGGACCUCGCGGGCAGCGAGCGGCAGAAGAAGACGGCGGCGACGGGCCAGCGGCUCAAGGAGGGCAACGCGAUCAACAAGAGCCUGCUCGCGCUGGGCGCGGUCAUCUCGAAGCUGAGCGAGGGCAAGAAGGGCACGGGCCACAUCCCCUACCGCGACUCGAAGCUCACGCGCAUGCUCUCGUCCGCGCUCGGCGGCAACUCCAAGACGGCGAUGAUCGCGGCGAUCUCGCCCGCGGAGCGGAACCGCGACGAGUCCCAGUCGACGCUGCGCUUCGCGUCGCGGGCGAAGCGCAUCGUCAACUGCGCGAAGAAGAACGAGAUCAAGGACAACGAGUCGAUGAUGGUCCGCAUGACCGCGGAGCUCGAGGACCUGAAGACGAAGCUCAAGGAGAUGAAGGAGCGCGACCUCGAGGCGAACGCGAACCUGGUCGAGGAGAAGAAGAAGCUCGACGAGGACAAGGCCAAGGUCGAGGAGGAGGGGGCGACCUUCGCGAAGAUCGUCACGCUCUCCGCGGCGGCGGCCAAGGUCAAGGACGUCGAGACGUCGCGGAAA